GGGGAGUUCCGGGGACAAGUGGACGCUGUGCUUCUGGUAUCCUUAGCUUGCAGAGUUGAGGGCUGUAGCUCCGCGCGGAAGUUGCUACCUUGCUGCAGGGAUCAUGGUGUUCUACUUCACCAGCAGCAGCGUUAAUUCAUCUGCUUACACUGUUUACAUGGGAAAGGAUAAAUAUGAAAAUGAAGAUCUAAUAAAGUAUGGCUGGCCUGAAGAUAUUUGGUUUCAUGUGGACAAACUCUCUUCGGCUCAUGUAUACCUUCGAUUACAUAAGGGGGAGAAGAUAGAAGACAUUCCAAAGGAAGUGUUGAUGGACUGUGCACAUCUUGUGAAGGCCAAUAGCAUUCAAGGCUGCAAGAUGAACAACGUCAAUGUGGUAUAUACACCGUGGUCUAACUUGAAGAAAACAGCUGACAUGGAUGUGGGACAGAUAGGCUUCCACAGGCAAAAGGAUGUUAAAAUUGUGACAGUGGAGAAGAAAGUGAAUGAGAUACUGAAUCGAUUAGAAAAGACCAAAAUGGAGCGGUUCCCAGACCUAGCAGCAGAGAAAGAAUGCAGAGACCGUGAAGAGAGGAAUGAAAAAAAAGCCCAAAUUCAGGAAAUGAAAAAGAGAGAAAAAGAAGAAAUGAAGAAGAAGAGGGAAAUGGAUGAACUUAGAAGCUAUUCAUCAUUAAUGAAAGUUGAGAAUAUGUCUUCAAAUCAGGACGGCAAUGAUUCAGAUGAAUUCAUGUGAAUGGAGAAAAGGACCUUUUAAAGAUGCAAAUUUAGGGACAGCUACAGACAUUUUGAUUUCAGUUAUGUUUUGAAUUACAAAAACAACCAACCACAAUUCUACCUUCAUUCUACACAAAUAUUAAUUUUGGAGAUUUUUUUUUGAAGUCCCCUUUGUUGCUGACAGAAAAUGUUCAUAUAUAUAUAUUUAAUAUAGAUGGACUUGAAGACAGCAUAUAACUUUAGGAAAGUGAAAAUAUUUUUGCCAGAACAUCUCUUGGUACCUCAUAAAAGCUGGCUGCCUUCGUUCUUCAGAUAGUCUUUAGAAAGAACCAACUCUGAAAAGUAUUUCUGUUACUGUGGUCUUUCCCUGAAAACAGAUGUCUUGAAAAGCUUUUCAUAUUCUUAAAAUAUCUUCUCCCAUGUUUAUAAGAAUGUGUUGGUGGGCAGUAUAGGUGAAUGCCACCCCCAUACACACCUGAUUUCCUGAUUAGAAAAAAGAAGCACAUGAUUUUGAAGAUAGUAGUGGUAUUUUCAGAAGAUUGCUGGCUUCAAAAUUCAUGUACCAUUGUGUUGUCUUCGUCUAUUAUGAUCCUCAGGCUUUUGACUUGUUCUAGUUUCUACAUCCUUGCUUUCUCUGAGUGAGGGCCUCCAUCUUAGUUCCAUCGUAUUUAAAGAAAUUACCUAUGUUAAUCAAGGUUGGGCCUUGUGGGAGCUUUUUCUUGAGCCCCUAGUAACCCAGGCCACAUAUAUUACAACUUCCAGGCUCUGGAGUCAUUUCUCAGCCCUGAGGCAGGGAAAUAGGAGAGAGGAUGCUCUGUGAAUCCUUUUGGAAAUGUAGGUUACUGAUUUUUGUCUUGGGAUACACCAUGAAGCAAAAGUCCACAUUAUAAUUACAAUUUUUAAGAAGAAUUAAGCCUUUUGCUAGCUAGCCAAAUUUGUUUACUUAUUUUGACAUAAGAUUUAUUUUGAGUUGAAACCUGAGGGUUCAGAUUUCUCAAUUGUAGUCUCAGUGAUUUAAGAUGUAACAUUAUUACUGAUUUGAAUGACCAGCUAUCCAGUGUGAUUCUGAAUAGAAGAUACGGUUUUUCUUGCAGAGUGUAGGCAAACUGUACAAACAGACAAAACAAAACAAUGAAGGGGGUAGAGAACAAAACUUGCAGGACAGGACGGACACAAAUUCACGUCUGACCACACUGAGAGCCUUCUUAUUCUUAACUGUAUUCUAAUCCAGCAAAACUCUCCUACAAGAAAUAUUCUACCUGCAAUAGCACUUUGAUACUGUGGAUAAAACCAAAGGACUUUAGUGUUUCAGUAUAUCCUAAGUUGGUCUGUGGGUUGAACUGGAAAAUUCCCUUAAGGGGUUUUGAAGGGAUUAUUUAAGAAGACUCCAGAGAUUAGUGAUGGUGUGUUUGAGUGUGUGUGUGUGUGUGUGUGUGUGUGUGUGUGUGUGUGUGUGUGUAAUGAUAUUCUGCCUGGUAUUCUGAAAUUUUAAAAAAUUAUAAUAAAAUAUCAAUUUUUAUUUUGAAGAACAUUGAUGUAUGAAUUUUUAGAAUUUGCUUUUUAUGAAAAGGGAAGCCCCCUUUUUGAGGGUGAUCUGGCAGUAAACUCAUUUAUUAUAGGGGGGUUCUGAAUGGUUAUCGUCUUCCUUCCUCACUGACAAAUGUUUUUCUUUCCCAGAUUCCCGCUGAGUCAGAUAUACACGUGAGUUAGUGUAAAUAAAUAGUUGUGCCUUUUCAAUCCCAAGGCCCUCCUGCUGGUUAAUGUAAACACUUCUUUAAUUUGCUGCUGUAAGCAGCUAAAAUGAGGUAAAGCCUCUAGCCUACUAAUAGCUUACACCUACUUCUGAGGACACUUCUGUAUCCUACGUUAUAACACAUAUAGAUAGAGCUGUUGAAGAAUACAUCCAUUUUUAGUGGACUGUUAGAGAAUCCUGGGGUCCAUAUUUAAACAUUCUGUAAUUUUCAGCUCACACUGGUUUAAAAUGUUAAAGUCUCGACUCUCCUAGCUUAGUUCCUGGUUCUGUUCUCUAAACUUUUUAGGUGUUCUGUGCUAGCUAUGUUUUCCCCUUGGUCCCUGGGAAAAUAAGGACCUUUUCUUUUGAAGGCAUAGGUUUAGUCCUGACAAGUCAAAACUAUUGUCACUGAAGUCAUUGUGGUUCUAUUGGCAUGUUUCUUGAAUUUUCUAUAAGAAAAUUCCAAAUUGUUGAUAUUUUUAUGUGUUGUGACCUUAAUCAAAUUGGAAUAUCCUUUUUUUUUUCUUUGAAUUGAUUUCUCUAUGUGGAUCUGAGUCACCUUUCCAACUCUGUUUCUAGUCUAUAGGAUCUGCGUGCAGGUGAGGUUUUCUGGUUCACAUUGCCAAAUUUACUUCACUAAUCUACUCUAUUAUAUUCCUUAUAGCUUUAGAAUUCACAUUUCUUAUCCACCUUGAUGGUUUAGGGUCACGGUCUUUGGGCAAAGAUUUGUCACAGAGUUUCCAAAACUUUUCCAUCAUCCCAAACAGAAACUCGGUACCAAUUAAGCAUUAACUCCGUAUUCCCUACCCCUACCUUACCCUCGGGUAAUCUAUA